AUGAAUCUCAUGGGGCAUAAUUACGGUGUCAAACUAGUCGAUUUGCUUGCCAAAGGUCUCGAAUACAGACGCUUUUUCUACAUGUACCAGCGCCAUCAGAAGGAAAGUGAGGCAAGAAAAUACAUGGAUAAAGAAAGUUCUGUCACGUCAAGGCUGAAGUCUGGUGAGGGGAAAAAAGAAUAUGCAAGAGACUUGUUCGAAGAAGACUUUAUGGAAGGAGUCGACACCGAGGAGUUCAACCAGCUUGUUGAGCAAGUAGCGCUAAACCGUGGACUCGCAAACCCAGAGUCAACCGCAGCAGAAGAGGCAGCUCUUAUUUCAAUCCUUGAAGCUUCGAACUCGGUACCAUCCCUAGACGACCGGGCCCUUUAA